CGCCACAGAGAGACGUGCUGAAAGAGAGCUGACGCUCGUGCAUUUAGGCGUUUUAUGAUGCGCCAGUCGAGUCUGUCACAUUAGUUGGCUGCCAGACGUGCCAGCGACAACCUCGAGCUCCAGCAGCAACAGCAACAGGAACAACAAUAACAUGGCGGAGAGCAACAGUCCGCAGCACAUCUUGACGAUGAGCGGCGAGCAGCGGCAGCGGUUCUUGGAGUCGUUUGAUUGGGUCUUCAGUGACAUAGAUGGCGUCAUCUACAACCUGGAGUCGGAUGUCCCGGAUGCUGGCCUGGCCUAUAACGCACUCGAGCGGGCCGGCAAGCGGCUGACCUUCGUGACCAACAACAGCGUGCGCACCCUGGAGCAGACGGCGCGACGCUUCGCCAAGUCAAAGAUCCAAGUGGCGCCGGAGCAGAUCUGGCAUCCGGCCCAGACGCUGGUCUACUAUCUGCGGAGCAUCCAGUUCGAGGGGCUAAUCUAUAUCAUGGCCUCGCCACAGUUUAAGGCGGUGCUGCAGCAGGCAGGCUUCCAGCUGCUCGAAGGCCCCAAUCACUUUAUCGAGGAAACCUAUGAGGAUCUGGCGCGCCACAUAUUCGACAAGCAGCCAGUGCGUGCUGUGGUCAUCGAUGUCGACUUCAAUCUGACCUCAGCCAAGCUGAUGCGUGCCCAUCUGUACCUGCGUCAUCCCGACUGCCUGCUGAUUACCGGCGCCACAGAUCGCCUGCUCCCAGUGGGCAAGGGUGUGAACAUCAUCGGGCCCGGCGCCUUUGCCUCCAUUCUCGUGGAGGCCAGUGGCCAGCCGCCGAUUGUGAUGGGCAAGCCGGGUCGGCCGCUGGGCGACAUGCUCCUCCAGCAGAACAAAAUCACGGAUCCACGGCGCGUGCUCAUGAUCGGCGACAUGCUCGCUCAGGAUGUGCUCUUCGGCCGCCAGCUCGGCUUCCAGACGCUGCUCGUCCUAACCGGCGGCUGUUCGCUCCACCAGCUCCUGGCCGUAACGGAUCCCGAUCUGCUGCCGGACUACUAUGCGGACAGCGUGGUGGAUCUACUGCAAUUGCUGCCUGAGAGUACACCCAAGGCGCAUGGCUAAGCCCAACCAAGAUUUGAAGCUAUUCAAAUGCUUUUAGAUAUAUAUAUAUAUAU